CUAUCUAUCAUGCGCCGCGUGGCCCACCUCAUCCUCGUCCAGUCCGCCGGAACGGAGCUGAUGGGCCUCAAAGCCGCCGUCUUUCUCUCCGUCCCCGCCGCCGUCACGCCGACACUCCGCCGCCACCACCUCUCCUCGUCCUCCAGGGGCAAAGGCGCCGCCUCGAGGCUUCUCAGGAUCUCAGCAGCGGUGAUGGCCACGGCGGUGCAGCCGGCGGUGGUGGUGGGCGGCGGCCGGGUGGGCCAGGCGCUGCUCUCCAUGGGCCCCUCCUCCGGGGACCUCCUGCUCCGCCGCGGCGAGGCGCUCCCGCCCGCCGCGCCGGCCGGGCCCAUCCUGGUCUGCACCCGCAACGACGACCUCGACGGCGUGCUCGACGCCACCCCCAAAUCCCGGUGGCCCGACCUGGUCUUCUUCCAGAACGGGAUGCUGGAUCCGUGGCUGGAGAGCAAGGGCCUGGCCGGCGCCAACCAGGUGCUCGCCUACUUCGCCGUCUCCAAGCUCGGCGAGCCCCCCGUCGACGGCAUCACCGACGCCAACCCGGAGGGGCUCACAGCCGCCUUGGGCAACUGGGCACCCGCCGUCGCCGCGCGCCUCCAGAACGGCGGCCUCACCUGCAAGGUGCUUGACAAGGACGCCUUCGAGAAGCAAAUGCUAGAGAAGCUCAUCUGGAUUUCAGCCUUCAUGCUCGUCGGAGCUCGCCAUCCAGGGGCCACUGUGGGUGCUGUUGAAAAGGAAUACCGAUCCGAGGUAUCCAGCCUCAUCGCUGAAUUAGCUUCUGCCGCUGCUGCAGAGCGGGGGCUUACUUUCGACGAGGGCAUGGAAGAGAGGCUCUGCGCCUACUCCAGAGCCGUGGCGCACUUCCCGACCGCUGUCAAAGAGUUCAAGUGGCGGAACGGUUGGUUCUACUCGCUCACCGAGAAGGCCCUCGCGGAAGGGAAGCCUGAUCCAUGCCCGCUCCACACAGCUUGGCUCAAGGAGAUUAAGGUCAUAUAGACAAGGAUUUUUGUUUCAUGUGCAAACAACACGAUGCGGUCUCGGGUUAAAUCUUGAAGCAGUAUUUUAAGUGUUUAACCGUUGAUGUUGUGUAUAGACUAUAGAGUAUAGAGAACUCUCUGCGCAUAUAUUCCUCCAUGUAUGCCCAUCGAAAAUAACCUUAUGUAUGUAUGGGAAACACAAGUGCUGUGUAAUUUAUAUUAUUGGCAGCAAUCUUUUAUGCGGUGGAGAAAACAA